AAAAUAAUGAUGCAGGAAGUCUAAAGAAAAACGGAUAACCAUAGUUAUGCGGAAUAAAAGAAUCAGGCGGAAGGAUCAGCAAAGAGCAAAAGAAAAAGCCAAAAAGAUGGAUGCGCUUUCAAAAGAAAUUGACGGCAUACCAGAUAUACUUCAGGAAAUAGCUGAAGAGCAGGAGGAAAAGCAAAAGAAGCAUCUUCGUCGUGUGAUAUCAAAAGAAGAAAGACUAAAAUCAGGCCCUCCACGUUUGGGAAAGCGGAAGUAUGUCAUUCUUUACUAACUGUUGCUUCUCCGGCGACUUCGUGCUUCAAGCUUCUCCGGCGACUUCGUGCUUCUCGGUUUGUUAGAUCUUGUAAAGUGAUUAUACAAUUGGGUUUUCUUUUAUUUUGAUAUUUUUUAGAUAUAAAAAUUUGGGAGAUGAUUCUUUUUUUUUUCUGUAAAUUAAUGAUACUGGUUUGUUAGAUCAUGUAUUAUUGUAUUAUUUGUAUUAUCGAAGAACAAUUUGUAUUAUUGUUUCAAUUUAUGAAAGUGAUUAUACAAUCGGUUUUGUUUGAUGUUGUUUCAAUCGAUUUGUUUGAUGCUGUUAGAUCUGGGUUUUUAAUUUUUGUCUCGUUUCUUUUUCCUCGAAUGCAG